CGGCGUGCCGCGCAGGCGAGAGCAGCGGGUCAGCAGGCAGCAGCAGCGGGCACAAGACGCGGCGGGACGCACUCACGGGUUGCCGACGCGUGGCCGAUCGGGACGCACCUGUGUUGGAGCCGGCAUGAGGCGCGCGCCGUGGCUGCAGGCGCUGCUAGUGGGUCUGCUGGUGGCCGCGACGGCCGCUGCGCCCAAGAAGGGGCGCCACCACCGGGCUCUGGCGCUGGCGCAGUCCGCGGGCCCCCAGACGGAGACGCCGCCCGCCCCCGUCGCCGCCCCCGAUGCCGACGCCUCCACCCUGUCGCCCAUCGAGCUCUUCGACCAGAUGCUCGUCAGUGAGGACCCGUGCCUGGGCGUGGUGUGCGGCGCGGGCCGCGAGUGCCGCCUGGACGGCGUCGGCGCCUCCGCGGUGUGCCAGUGCCGGCGGCGCUGCCCCAGGAGCCGCCGAGGCAGCGCGCACGCCGUCUGCGGCACCGACGGCCGCCGCUACGCCUCCCACUGCCACCUGCACCGCGCCGCCUGCCUGCAGCGCCGGCACGUCGCCGUCGAUCACGACACGCCCUGCACAGCAGGGCCCCCCCGGCCGGCGGCACUCACCGACAGCAGCGGUCCACCGGCUGCGGACGCCGAGUCAGAGGCCGCGCCGGCAGACCUGGCACCGCCCCCGCCGCCGCCACUGGUGCUGCCGAAGCAAGCAGAGCCGCUGGGAGAGGACGACCAGAGGCUGAACGCCGUGCCCGCGGGGCCGCCACGCGCCGACUGCAGCCAGCAGCAGUACGACCUCAUGAAGGAUAACUUGCUGCUCUACAGCCACGCGAAACUCACAUCGGACGACAACCGGACGCCGGGCAGGGAGUACCUGGUGACAGCCAUGUUCACCCACUACGACAGUAACGGCGACGGCGCACUCACGCAAGAAGAGCUGGACAAGGCUGGCCGCUCGGACGAGGCAGGCCUCGAGGCAUCGGGCGACAGCGGCGGCUGCCAGCUGGGCCACAUGCUCGCCUUCGACGACGCGGACGGCGACGACCGGCUCAGCCUCAGCGAGUUCUACGCCGCGUUCAGCAAGCUGUACAGCGUGUCGGUGGUGUCGCUGGACAAGGCGGUGCAGGUGCGGCGGCUGCGCGCGCGCGUCGGCGACAGCGUCGAGGUGCGCUGUGACGUCACCGGCACCCCGCCGCCGCCCAUCGUGUGGCGGCGCCACGGGGCGGACCUGGCGCAGCUGGCCGCCGGCGCCGCAGACGACCUGCGCGUCUUCCCGGACGGCUCGCUGUUCCUGCCGCGCGUCCAGCUGGUGCACGCCGGCAACUACACCUGCCACGCGCAGCGCAACGAGGACGUCGUCCAGACGCACGUCCUCACCGUGCACACUACGCCUCGGGUGAAAGUCACACCUCGAAUCCAGUCGAAACGACCCGGAGAAGAGGCCACCAUGUUCUGCCACGUCAUCGGAGAACCUUUCCCUAAGGUGGAGUGGCUGAAGAACGACGAGCCGCUGCGGCUGACGCAGCGCAAGUACGAGCUGGUGGGCAACGGGACGGAGCUGCGCGUGCGCAGACUCGCCUACGCCGACACGGGCGCCUACUCGUGCAGCGCGCGCAGCGCCGCCGGCGCCGCCACCGACCUCUCCUCGCUCGUCGUCCAGGACGACCCCGCGCCCAGUUUCCCAUAUUCGUGGAUGCAGACGACAAUUGCAUCACCGAAGGAAGAGCGGCGCUUCUUCGCUUUCCAUGACUUUGGAAUCUCGGUGUACGAGCCGACGGCCUGUCGCCUGUACCAUCACAUAAGGGGCAGCGACAUCAUACCUGGCACACAGCGUCAGUUGGUGUGCGGCAGUAGCGGUAUCGCGUGCAGCUGGGGGCAGGCCAUCAACGUGGCCAACCGCUACGUCUACGUGGCGCAGCCCCGCAACGACCGCGUCCUCGUCAUCAGCAAGAUACAGAUGGUCGUCGUCGACGUGGUGACGACGGACAAGAUGCCGGUGGAGCUGCACUACGUCCCGCACCUGGACCAGGUGUGGGUGCUCAACUGGCGCUCGGAGCGCGACCGCGGCGUCAAGACGGUGCAGGUGAUCCGCGACGCCGCGCAGAAGCGCAAGCACCACACCGUCCACCCGGAGCCCAUAGACGGCCAGUUCGACCUCGUCAGCGGACUCUUCAUUCCUCCUAUACAGGACGUGGAGCACGAGUUCCGGCACGGCUACGUGUCGCACGCAGGGCGCCGCGGCCUCCUCAAGCUGGAGCUGGCCUCGCUGCGCUACCUGCGCGCCGUCGACCUCUCCGAGCGCUCCUGCCUGCCGCGCCACCUGCAGUUCUCCUCGCUCUUCGGGCUGGUGGUGGUGGAGUGCGAGGAGCCGGCGACGGGCCAGCCGGCGGGCCAGCUGGUGCUGGACGCGGUGACGGACGCCGUGGUGUCGCAGCGGCCCUCGCUGCUGGGCCGGCCGCACCUCAGCCCAGACAGCCGCACACUGGUCACGCUGCACCGCGCCAGAGACGGCGUCACGCUCGUCGUACAGCGCGUUGCGGACGGUGACCUGAGGUUCUCGUUCGACGUGAAGACGACGCUGAACAUCAGUGACGUGGCCUUCUACCCGUCACGCACGACGCACGGCUACGACCUGUACGCGAGUGCGUCAGACAAGGAGGACGUCCUCUUCCUGGACCUGUCCUCAGGCAAAGUGGAGGUGAUCACGAGCGUCGGGGCGGCGAUGCCGGCGCAGCUAGCGGAGUGGGGGGCGCCGAACCGGCCGAUCGCGGCGCCCGGCGUCUUCGGCCGCUACCUGGCCACCGCCGCCGCCGACGCGCUCUUCGUGCUCAACGGCGCGACGCGCACCGUCAACUGUGAGGUCAGCCGCGUGGCGCUGCCGCGGGCGCUCGCCUGGGUCUCCAUGCGGCUGCAGUGACGCCGGGCGCGACCAGCCCCCGCCGCCAGCAGCGCCGCCUGACUCCCCGGGCCCGCCACCGCCACCACUGCAUUUCACACUGCGGGCCGUUCGACAACGUCACAACCCUAAGGGACUUGUCCUGUUCGCGCGUUUAUCAGCACCGUGUCUUUUCGUAACACGCUACGAUGGAGACGUUGUCCACUCGAGGUAAAGAAGUUUUAUUGUACGGGGAAAUCUCACACGACCGGAUGUCUUAGCUGUUUUUAAAUCUUCCGUGAUGAAUGGUAGUGGCCCAUGAAACUUUCCCGUAGUUAACUUUUGGUCCAGAGUGGCGCUAGAGAUCUUUAGAGUUGCCCAUGGAUCUCGCCAACUGCUAGGACUCCGAAAAACCUCGAGCAAGUCUGAAUAUAUCCAGCUUAGCAACGGAAAAGUUUCAGGGGCCACGAACAUGCAGCACAGAAAAUCUACCAGCAGAAAAUGAGAAUUGUAUCCAAACGAUCUCAAGAGACACGAAAGUUGGAAAGUGUCUGGGCAAUUGCAAAUUUCACACAAUAUAACCCCACAGUGUCUUCGCUGAUAACUGUAAAGCACAAUAAUGAGAAAGGAAUAAAUUUACACUCGUGGACCGAUUUGACAGACAUUUGUUCAGUUACCAUUCAAAUUUCACGCAAUUGGCGGAGAACAAUAUUUUUACGUGUUUGUCCUAUGGUUUAACAACAAGUGUAAAUGCAAAUAAAUUGCAGAUCGGCAAAUAAGUUUUCAUAUUGACAAAAUAUAUUCAGUAGCUACGUUCUUCAAAUUACCUUUCAAGAGAUGAGUAUCGAAAGCACCACUAGCUUUAAACAUCUUCGAAAAAUUUUGGUAACGGAAUGUCCAUCUCAGCAACAGCAACUGUCUAAAAUUUAAAAAAAUCUGAAAUACAUAAUUAAUCAAUUGUAUGUUGAAUGAAUGGUAAAGUCGUUCCAAAAUAUCAGAUGUACCACAAUUUUCACGUUUCCUCUAUUUGAUAACAACACGCAGAGCUCAGAAAUUUAUCGGCACUUGGGUUAACUUUGGUAUUAUUUAUGUCUAUGGUUUACCGACAAGUUUAAAUGCAAAUACAUUCACUGUCAUCUCAGAUUGGCAAAUAAGUUUUGAUAUUGACAAAAUAUAUUCAUUAGCUACGUUCCUCAAGUUACCUGUCAAGAGGUGAUUAACGAAAGUACCAUUAGCUUUAAACAUCUUCGAAAAAAUUUAUGAAACGGAAUGUCCAUCUCAGAAACAGCAACUGCCUAAAAUUUUAAAAAAUCUGAGAUACGUAAUUAAUUAAUUGUAUGUUCAAUGAAUGGUAAAUUCGUUCGAAAAUAUCACAUGUACCACAAUUUUAACCUUUACUCUGUUUGAUAACAGCAUGCAGAACUCAGAAAUUUAUCAGCACUUGGGUUUACUUUGGCAUCAGUUAUGCCAAGACACCCAUUUGCGCGAGCGUUUAUAUUUCUUUACUGUGAUGUUGUACGUUUGUACAUCAUCUCAGUCACCAUUUGUUUAUUAUCACCGCCCCAAUACGCAGCCAAAUUAGCGGAAAAAAGUGAAAGCAAUCACUCUUUGUGAUUUUAGAAUUAGUUGGUGUAGACAACAGCUCGAGGGCCAUUAAAAUGCUAAGAGAUUUUACCAGCCGCAAUAUCGCUUCACGGUAAAGUGAUCUUAAACUGGGCAGACUGCGAUAAAAGGCAACGGGCCCACAAAUGCUGUUGCUAUUGUGGUCACAUCUAGAGUUUCAAAGCUACCUUCUGCCAGUUAGAUUUUCAAUUUUUGUUAUUUCUCUGAACAUCCUUUGAAAAGGACAUGGCCAGUACCAUCCUUCUCCACCUGUUCUUGGCAGGAACGUUAAACACCAAUCUUCCUUGGAUUGGAAUCAUCAGACACUGCUCUAGGCUUCACAGACAAAUGUCAAUAACUUUGACCCUCCGAACAAUAAAAAAAAAUCCACUGUGAAAUAGGCAUCAUAAUGUAAAAAUGAGAACAACUAUUUUAGUUAAGGAAAUUCAUCUUGCAUGUUCAGCUCUGUCUACAGUCUGUCUCCAAUUCCGUCGUAUGUAAAAUAUCAUAGCCCUCGCUCAAAAUCUCUUGUUGCCUUCAUUUAUGGGUGUACGUUACAGCAGAAUGUGAGAUUUCUUGUGGAGACAAUAAGUGAACUACAGUGAAGUCGAAGUUUCUGAGACAUAUCAGUUUUCUUCUCAACUAUUAGCAGCAAACUGUUGAGAGUGAAGUAUAUCUCCCCGCUUUCGGUACUACAAUUUGCAGAUCUAAUGCUACAAAAUGGGCUGAUACGUCCACGAAUUCCCGUAGGAUGCAUAUUAAUGACGGUUGGUUCCAUCGAUACUUCGCUGGAGAAUUUGCCAAAGUAGCUCUACUAUAUCCUCUUUUGCUGAUACUAACUUACAAAGAUUGUCAUUGCGCUGAUUACGUAGCGGAAUUAUAUGACAACAGUCGUUUCGAGUGUACAUUUUGGUGAAAUGCCUGCAGAUUCUUUACCUCUGCUAAUAUGUUCUCUGUUGAGCUCAUCAUGUACUUAUUUUGAGGAAUAAACAACGACGUGAUACGAAUUCAAAAAUCGAUAAGAAGUACCUUCUGAAGUUUUCUCCUGUCUUUCGUAAUCUUGUCACGGAACAUUACAUAAAUCUACGAAGAUUAACAAUGAUUUCUCGUUCUCGUCAUUACUUUAGUGAGUACAACUGUCUCAAAUUGUUGCUGUACAUUUAUACUGUGAAAAGCCAGACUAUUGAACUACUGUUUCCUUCUUCUUUCUGCAUCACGUCUAGCUUGUUUUAAAAUUACAGAACUACACUGUAAUGGUAAUUUCUUACUAAAUAAAAAUGUUAUUGAUCAUGACCACAUUAUGUAUUCUUAUCUAUUGAAUAUGUCUUUCACUGCUACUUACAUUAACUGUAUUUAAUGAACCUGCUUUUUUACAUAUAGAGACUUAGCUGGUGACACAGCAGCAAUACAAGUUUACUUUCUGUAACACGUCGUGCAUUUUCAACUGUGUCUACAGUUUUAAAGUAUGGAAUAUGUCAUAGCCUGAGCGCAGAUGUUCUAGGUGUCUUCAGUCAUUUAUGGGUACAUUACAGGGAAAUGUGAGGUUUUCUUGGAGACAGUAACUAAACAACAGUGAAGUCGAAGUCAGCCUCAAAUAUUUCAAUUUCUAAGACAUAUCAGCUUUAUUCUCAGCUAUCAGCAGCCAAACUGAUAUCAUCAUUCCUGAUAUAAACGAUAAGAACUCUGUUAGAGGAAAAUUUUCCGGCUUUAUCAAGUAUACGACGAGAGCACAUAGCAGAACGGUUUUAGAAUAACGAGAAAGCCUGCCAUCUUUCAUAUACGUUGACGAUGAAGAUAAUAAUGAGGCAAUGCAUGGCAAAAUAUGGAAGAUAUUCAUGCGUAUCAGUUCUCAUCAUUGGCCACAGAAAUAUUGUCCUUAAUAAUCUUAUAUGAGGAAAGAAUGUCUAGACUGACGAUUAAUAUGGUAAACACGGAAAAUAGUUAUUCUUUCUCUAGAAAUGAUACGCAAUUGCCAAUUUACAGAAAAUACUUUGCAACUGCAGCUCUGAUAUCUUUGGAAAACUAAUGCUGUACAGGAGAAAUUUCAGUAAAGAAUAAUUAAUACGUUGUUGAAUCUAUGACGAAUCAUGGACGUAAGAUCCAGCGACAAAAAAGAAAAAAUUCGGUAAGUGAUAAGUUGGAGAAGUCUACAACUUGUAGCACAGCCAUAGAGCAUAAUAUUUACGAUCUUUUGUAGUGCAGACGUCUUACGAAAAAUCAUGAGAUAGAAGUAUCGGUGAAACUCUUUUUUGUAAGAAAAAUUGUAAAUAAAUUAAAGUUUCGUGAAAACAGAUAUCAUACUGUAGCUAAGAACUGUAAAACAUGUUUUAAUAAAUGAACUUGUUUAUAUUGUGAA